UGGAGAGAAACAUAAAAACAUCUCAUUCUUAGUUCAAUAGAUCACAUGUUUUUCGUUUAAUUCCAUCAAUUUGUCGAUUUAAUUUAUUCGACAAUUGUAUUCAUUUAACUGAAUUUUGAUAUCAUUUCGUUUUGUUUUCAAUUUGAGUUUGUAUUUUAGUUUAUUUGUACAAAGACAUGGCUCACAUUCAAUAUGUUGAUUCAUUGAUACGUGAAUAUAUGCUGUUCCGUGGUUUCUCAAAUACAUUAAAAACAUUUGAUACCGAAUUGAAAACUGAUAAGGACAAAGGAUUUCGCGUUGAUAAAAUCAUCGAUCAAAUAUUGAACGCAAUUAAUACACAAGAUUUACAUUUGUUACGUGAAAUAUGGAAUCAUUUAGAUGGUCAUUUGUUUAGCAAAUUGGAGCAUUCAUUUGCAUCAGCUGUGAAAAAACUGGAAUCGGGUCUAUUGAAAUUGUAUUUGGUAACGGCGUGUGUGGCUGGAAAACAGGAUAAAAUCACCGAUUUUUUCACCAAACUAGCACCAGAACUACACUUACAAUCCGAAUGGCGAGAAUGGUUUUUCUUUCCAUUUUGUAAAAAUCCCGAUGAGCAUGCAGUGUUUGCGGUGUGUUUUACAAAGCAAUGGCAGGAUACAUUGUUGGUAUCUUUGCAUAAUUUUUUGGCAACAAUAUUUCAAUGUAUGCCACAACCAACAUUGACCCGUCUCGAUACCGAAGCCACACAAAUGAAAAAACUUCAAGAGGAAAAUAAUUUGCUACGAAAUCGCAUUCAAUCGAUGGGCAAUCAAUUAUCACAGCCGUCUGCAUCAUCGUCGCCAAAAAGCAAUUCAUCGACAACACAUCAAUCACGACGUUCAACGUUCCACGAACAAAAACGAAUGACUGACACCAAACCACACAUACAAAUCAAUCCAAAUCCAAAUACAUUGAACGAUGUCAUUCCAUUUUACAUUCCACCGCCGCCACAUUUGAUUGACGAUUUUUAUAUAAUUGCUCAAGAAACAUUGAACGUUGGAAAUAUGGCCGAUUCACAGGCGCGCAGUUUGCGUUCACUCAUUCGAAAUAUUAGCUCGGGCGGCAGUCCAGUUAUGGGCAGAAAGGAGGAAAGGAAUCAUUGGACCGGGGUAAAAAGAGAUCGGGCAGUGCUGGCAGCCGAUCUUGGAAUUUACACUAGAUAUAUAUAGUUCUUUCUCACGCCCAUUUACAACAAUGCAGCAGUGAAUGCACAAAAUAGCAGAGCAGGGCGAACAAAAUGAUAGUAGAAACGUCGUGUUGGUAUGACGACAGCAGCCAAAAUAAAACAAAGAUGAUAUUGUAGAAGUUAGCAAUUUCGGUCCAAAAAAACAAAUUAUAUCAGUUGAUACAUCUAGUAGAAAUAUUUUUCUGUGUACGCAAUAAUUUAAUAAACAAAAUGCAAAUUUUCUUUUUGUCGUGAUCGUCCACCGUGUUACCAAAUAAUAUAUAAUCAACGAAAGAAUGAAAAAAGAAACUGUAUUUUUAGUAAUAUUUAAAAUCAAACCGAAUUGACUUACACUCAUUCAGUUAGAAACAAAUAUAAUAAAAACGAUAUCUUGAUUUAAUGAGA